CCGUAGAAGAGAACGAGACGGAGAAGAAGCCUGCACAAACGAAGCGUGUUUAGUCAACCUGGUGGCGUUGAACAACCAACUGUCGGCAGCGGAGGAGCUGCCAGCCGACCUCGAGGAACUCACGGUUUCGGUGCAGCGAACCUGCGGUGUCGUUGCUCGCUCGCGUACCAUUGUGUUCCAUGUUCGUUCGGAUCGCUUUUAACCGUUCCCUGCCACUCGAUACGUGAUUAGUGCGUAAACCGUUCUCAUUUUUUUCUUUUCUGAAAAAACACGGUUUUACCUGGCGACGCGAUGGUCAGCAAGAACCCGAAGACGGUCACGCCAGAGGCGGACCCCUAUCUCAAGCCGCCCAGCAUGUCAACGAGCCAGUCUCUUAAGACCUUCAUUUACAAUCCUGAAACUGGCGCCUUUAUGGGUAGAACAGCGAGCAGUUGGGGUAAAAUAGGACUGUUCUAUUUGGUAUUCUACGGGGUGUUGGCUGGGCUGGUUGCAAUUUGCUUCUGGGGCUUCUUCCAAACGUUAGAUCCAAGGAUACCGAGGUGGCAGUUGGAGCGUUCAAUAAUUGGAACAAAUCCUGGUUUAGGAUUCAGGCCCAAUCCUCCAAUGGAGAACGUGGAGAGCACAUUAAUAUGGUACAGAGGAACAGAUAGUGAAAAUUAUAAGUAUUGGGUUGAUUCGCUGCAACAAUUUCUUAAAGAUUACAUAACACCAGGCUCGGUUCCUGGUCUUGGUGCAAACAUUAAUAAAUGCGAUUAUAAUCAACCUCCACCACCUGGUAAGGUUUGCGAUGUCGAUGUUAAAAACUGGAAUCCCUGUACUAAAGAAAACAAUUAUAACUAUCACAAAUCUGCUCCAUGUAUUUUCCUCAAGCUUAACAAGAUAUAUGGUUGGAGACCAGAAUUUUAUAACGAUACAGAGUCGUUGCCAAAGAAAAUGCCUCACGAUCUCCAGGAUCAUAUUCGUUCCAUAAAAGCAAAUAAUCCUUUACACCUUAAUACUGUCUGGGUAUCCUGCGAAGGUGAGAAUCCUGCAGAUCAAGAAAAUAUAGGACCAAUUAGUUACAUACCUCGAAGAGGUUUCCCUGGUUAUUUCUACCCAUUUGAGAAUUCUGAGGGAUACCUUAGCCCCUUGGUGGCUGUCCAUUUUGUUCGUCCGCGCACUGGAAUUUUAAUAAACGUAGAGUGCAAAGCAUGGGCGAAAAACAUAAAACACAGCCGCCACGAAAAAAUAGGUGCAGUUCAUUUGGAGUUGAUGAUAGAUUAACAGCGCUGCCUACCAGGCCUUUCAACUUGUUAGUGUACAGAAGCUAAAUGCAAAUCUCAUAUUUUCUGACUCUUCGAAAUAUGCGAAUGCUUUUCAAUCAAAUAAAGAAGUCGUCAGAAAUCGAUGACCGCUGCCAACGCCGAUGAAAUUUUUUUCAAGUACAAAACUAAAAGAGUUUCUUAAGUUUGUAACAGUGGAAAUUCUUUUUGUGGAAGUUUCCCAUGCACCAACAAAAUGUUAAAUUUUACACUAGUUUUAUGCAGUGUUCAGACUUUUAUUCGAUUGCAAUGGGCAAAUGAAUUUUAGAAAUGAAUCUCGUUAUCAAAGUAAUUUAUAACUGAUCAAAUAUAACGAGGACUCUAUAUAUCAUGUAAAAUGUGUGACAAAAAUAUGUUUAUUGUGCAUUAAUAUGAACGUAUUUAAUGGUAAAUAUAAUUAGUUGUAUCUAACGAUACUGUUUCCACUGUAAAUUUUAAUAAUGAAAAUAGACAUACUUGUCACUCAGUCCAGUUGAACAUAAUUAAUGAUAUAUAUAUACAUAUAUAUAAAAUAUUUUAUUUAGUUAUUCCUGAUUUUAAUUAUAGUACUGAAUUAAUUUAAUUUUUAAAUUCUUCAGUUUAAGUACAACUUACAUAUUUUAACAUUCUUUUUGAAAAUUAGAAAUAAUGGAGUUAGUAAAUGAUAUUUGAAUCAGUUAAACUUAUUGUUACCAUUUUUCAAAUGCCCAUCACGAAUAGAUCUCUUAAAUGUGGCAAAGAUAAUAUAUAAAUGAUGUAUGGAAAUGUAUUGUAUGUGUACACAUAUAUUUUUAUAGAUACGAUUUUUUUCUUUCAAAUCACUAAUUGUUGUCAUCUACAUCUACUACAUUCAGUUGUGAAAAAUUAAAUGUAUGUUUAAAACAUUCUCGGAAAGGUUUAUCUUUUAUAUUUAUUGUAUCAAUUGUUAUUAUUUAAUGAAUUACUUUUGGAUGUGUAUCAUAACGAUAAAACUCACUUUCAGUGUCAUGGAAUUACAAACAAUGUAUAACAAACUUUUCUUCCGUUAUUACGAUUAGUUUAAUUCAUCAAUGCAUUUAUCCUACAGUGCCUUCAAAAAAUACAAUAAAGUACUGUUAUAGUGGAAAAUUUAAUAAUAGAAGGUUAUUGAUGUAUGAAUGUGAAUAGUAACAAUAUCUCAGGAUAUCAUAUAAAAUAUUAUGAUUUAAUAAAGAAAACUGACUGCCUUACACUAUUCCCCAAAGUUGAUAUUAUUUUUAUAAUCACUUUAGAUAUUCUGUUUAUAGUAAAACAUUUGAAUUUAAGAUAGUGAAUAUUUGAAAUAUAUCGCUUUGAUAUGUGUAUUCAAAAAAUUACUAUAUCGAUCAAAUGUUUCCACCAAAAAAAAUUUACUCUUAAAUAUUGAAUUGCACUCAAAUUGUUAAAGUUAAUAUUGCUAAUAACAUAUCCUCUCUUAAUAUCUAAAAUAUCUUAAUAUUAAGUAAUAUUUUCUUAACAUUUACGUUAAAGAAGAAUUAUUGGGUACAUGUAAAAGUUUUUGUCAAUUUAUGGUAAUUGAAUUUUAAAACUCCUGGUAUAUACUAAUUUUA